UCUAGAAGGAAAUAGACAGUAGUUUUAAUGUAUUUAAUUACAACGCUCGUUUAUGAAUCAAACGUGAAAUGGGAAAUAUUGCACUAAAUGUUUUCGCCUCUUUUUAAAUCGUUGAACUCUUUAUUUAGUAACUCAACUUUUAAUACGUUGGUGGAAGCGGAAAUGGGGAUAAGAAGAAAGAAGACAUCAGUUUUAAUUAUACAAGGGCCGUGAUGAAACUGAGCGAGAUUGUGCAUAAACGACAGAUCGACAUAUCAUUACGAUCGAAGGUGUUGUUCAGAUUUCAAAAACUGCACCAAAAAUUGUACUAUACCGACCACUCAGCAGCGAGGAUAGUGAUCCAAGAGAAAUGGAAGGACAUCGAAGAGAAGCAGUUUAAAAAUAGACAUCAAAUCGAAGCUGAAAAUUUAACCGAGGACGCAGAAAACGGCAUCAACACGAUCAAUUACAAGAUGUAUUAUGCGAGAGACGAUCUGGACGAUAUCGAGAAUGUUGAUGGUCACGACACCUUAGCAACUACUUCGAGUUUCGUGCUUCGUAUAUUGGCAUGUCUACCGGAAAUCCAGGUAAUUCUAUUCGCGAUAUCCUUACAUUCAGAAACACAUUUAGUUAAUAUUAAUGUUUUAAACGUUAUUAAAAAUAUUUAAAAGAGACAUGGUAUAAAUUGUUGUGUAUUUUUAUUUAAAUACACAUUCCACAUAUGAAAUGUGAUAAACUGUGCACUGAAAUUAUGAACCGAAAAUAAAAAGGUAACAACCAUAAAACGGUUACAGUAAGGCAUGCUUAUCUUGCUACUUAUAACAUACGUCAUUAGAUUCGAUUAAGUUCAAGUGGAAACGAAAAUAUUCAUUCCAAGAUGGAGAGGGAGAGAGAGAGAGAAAUGUGCAGUGAAAGAAUUCACUAUAAGUGCGUUAAAGUGGAAAAUCAAUGCAACUCGAAUGAUUGUGAUCUUCAUACAUUUCUUAAGU